GCCGUCUCGCGCCCGUCACAGGUCGUCCACGCCCACGCGCGCCAGUAGUCUUGCCAAUGGACUCGUCGCGUUCCCCCAACCUGCUCCUCCUCCUCCUGGCCGCCGUCCUCGCCCCGUCGUCGGCGGGGGUCAUCCGGCUGCCGAGCGGGAAGGCGGGGGCGCGGGCCUGCGCGGCGCCGCCGGACCCCGCCGCGUACGACCGCCCCGUCAUCGGCAUCGUCUCGCACCCGGGGGACGGCGCGGGCGGCAGGAUCAGCAACGGCACCGCCACCUCCUACAUCGGCGCCUCCUACGUCAAGUUCGUCGAGGCCGCCGGCGCGCGGGUCAUCCCGCUCGUCUACAACGAGCCCGAGGAGCGCCUCCUCGAGAAACUGAGUUUGGUGAAUGGUGUGCUGUUCACUGGUGGAUCAGAGAAGCAAGGUGUAUAUUUUGAGACAAUCAAAAAAGUGUUUCAGUAUGUUUUGGACAGGAAUGACGCAGGUGAACCAUUUCCUUUAUUUGCUCAAUGCCUAGGCUUUGAGCUCGUAAGCAUGAUUGUCAGCAAGGACAAUAAUAUCUUGGAGACGUUUGACGCCCAGAAUCAAGUAUCUACUCUUCAGUUUCCCAGCUAUUCUUUCAAGGGCACAGUGUUUCAAAGAUUUGACUCUGACCUCAUCGAGAAAGUUAGCAGCAGCUGUCUUGUCAUGCAAAAUCACAGAUAUGGUAUAUCACCAAAGCGUUUGCGAGAGAAUGAUGAGCUAUCAAGUUUCUUCAGAGUCUUGACUACAUCGCCUGAUGAAAACGGCAAGGUCUAUGUCUCAACUGUACAAGCAAAUAAAUAUCCAAUCACCUGCACGCAGUGGCAUCCUGAGAAAGCCAUUUUUGAGUGGAGAAAACCAAUGAUCCCACACAGUGAAGAUGCAAUACAAGUUACUCAACAUUUUGCUAAUCAUUUUAUCAGCCAAGCUCGCAAGUCUCCCAACAGGCCUCCUGCAGACAAGGUGCUCGAUAACCUGAUCUACAACUACAAUCCCACAUUUAGCGGAAAAAUCUCGAAAUCUUUUGAGGAGGUUUACAUAUUCUCCUGAGACGGAAGCAGGCGGGGAGGGUCUUCCUGAACCAGCAUAGCAUUGUUAUUGUAGUGUGGCUGUGUGUGUAUCCAUCAUACUCGGAAGCCUACAGAUUCUGGGCUUCCUGUAUUGCUUUACUCUUGGCGCCAUAUUGGCGAGCGCUGCUGCUAUUUGUGCACUUUGAGCCACCAUCGCCUAUUCGCCUUCGGCAGGAGCAUUUAUGUACUGAACUGAACAUGCCUUGAAUAGUAUGUAUAUAUGUGAAGUCUCCAAAUCUGAUGGGCGUUUGAAAA